UCUCGGAGCAGGACGGAGCAGCCGUGCACUGCUUACAGAAGGAUCUCCACCUUGUCUUAAAAAGUACAGCGAUGCGACUGGUUCUUUUACUGAUGCUGAUGUCACUCUUAGAGGGCUCUUUUCACCAGAACGUUCUGGAAUCCAAAGCAACAAUUGCAGGUUCCUUCGCCCGACAGGGAAGGCAGCUGGGACGGAAUGGAAAAGAACUUCCUCGGACUCAUAGGAAAACAACGACGGCAAGAAGCGACGGAGAUGACGAGAAAGGAAAAAGACCUGACGACCAACAAUUGGGGGAAAAAGAUGGAGAAGAUGGGAUAGACAAGAAAGAGAAGAGUUUGAAUCAAUCGACUAAUAUGAUGAAAAGCAUGGGGGCCGUUAAUGUAUGCGAAGACAAAAUUUUGUUGGGUCAUGGUGAGUCCAUCAUCAUCUAUAGUAACAACGAUAGGCAAAAAGAAAAGUGCAAACAUAAAGUGAGGACACCGAAAGGCGCGACGAUCGGGUUUUCCUGUUUCACCUUCAACCUCAACAGCGCCGGCUGCAGAAGCGAAUUCUUGGAGAUUUCUUAUAAAACCGAUGGUCAAAAGAUAAGGCGAAAGUACUGCAUAACAGAGGCUCCCAAGAAAGUCUUUAUUCCAACGAACCAAAUGACCUUGAAAUACAAGCGGAAACCAUUAAAGAGUGACGAGUGUUCGGGAGGAUUUGUAUGUCAACUUUUCACAGCGGAAACUUCUCCAGAUAUAGCAAGACCUUACUGUGAUGGCUGUGGCCUCGUCUCCAUCAGCGUCUCCAACAACCGGAUCGUGAAUGGCAGUGUCGCGUCUGAUGGGGAAUACCCUUACCAGGUGGCGCUAAAUAUCAAAAUAGGCGCUGAGACAUUUACAUGCGGGGGCUCCAUCAUCAAGAGAAGGUGGAUUUUAACAGCUGCUCACUGCUUUUACGACAACAGCAACAACAUUGCAACAAGUAUAGAAGUGCGUUACGGUUCAAUAGAUAAGAGGUUGGGAACACCUCUAACAUCAACAAGUUUCAUUAUCCAUCCCGAAUACAAACCAGACGGAGACGCCAACGACAUAGGUUUGGUGAAACUUCCGGAAGCCUUACAGUACGAGGAGAACCCGAAUGUGCUUCCCAUCUGCUUGGCGUUGAAAGAAGACAACCGCUUCGAGGGGAAGGCUGUGGCCACCGGGUGGGGCGACACCUCUUACGAUGGUAGUCCCGUCAACAUCUUGAGGGAGGUUGAGCUGGAUCUUAUCCCCGUGAGUGUAUGUAAAACCAAGGCCAACUUACCACCUGACUCCAGCAAGGUCUUAUGUACGCUUACACCCUACAAGGACACGUGCCAGGGUGACAGCGGUGGCCCUCUAGUGGUGAGGAUUAACGAAAAGAGGUGGGUUCAGGUGGGCAUUGUUAGCUAUGGGUUUGAAUGUGCAAGACCUGACCAUCCCGGAGUGUAUACCAGGGUCUCUGCUUACUUGGAUUGGAUCUCCGCGAGCACGGGCGGGACUGACUGCGAUUCUGCAUAUCUGCGGGAGCGCCUUCUUCAGGAGCAGUGAUCAUCAGUAGCAAGGGAGCAGCAGUGAUCCCCGAAACUAGAUUUUGCACUGAAUUAUUUGUUGUCAUCAUAAUAGAAGAGAUAGAGAGAGAGAGAGAAAGAGAGAGAGAGAGAGCGCGCGCGCGCGUGUGUUUGUGUGUGUGAGCGAGUGAGCGAGAGAGAAAGCUAUGUAACGUACUUAGGUAUCUCUGUAACCGCAAAGUUUUACGUCUGAAUAAAAUGCAUUCCAGU